CCCCUCGCCUCUCUCCCCGGCUGCCUCCGCCUCUCUUCCCUGGUCUAUCAUCCACACCGCUGUUGUUGCAGCCAUUUUACCGUGGAGAGUCGGCACAGCAGAGACCGGAGGAUGCCGAAACAGCGCAGUUAAAAGGAAUAGACACAUGGCUGACGCGGCGCGAGGUCCCGCCGUUGGCAGGCCAUUGGCAUUUGCCAAUGAAGAACGGAGGGCGGUUCAUUCCUGGACCCGGAUAUCUUCAGCGGGGCACAAUGUCCUAUUGGAUGCUCUGAAGAUCCUCAGUCCGAUGUCCCGUGACCUCUCAAGCAGUGAGGAGCUGGUAACCUUCCUGCAGGAGCUGGCUGAGGAGGGCCAUAAGCCCACUGUGCUUCGUAGCAAGGACGUAUACAGCUACCGCUCCAGCACAAACCAACCGCUGACUCAAGACAUGCUGAAACCAUCCAACCGAAAUAUGAGACCCACCGCCAAGAGACGAGGAAGAAAGGUUGUUGCCAAGAAGAGCGAGGUGCACCCGUCAUGGAACAUCUCUGACAUCCCCAAGAUUCAAGGGGUUCGUCCUCCAGAUCUUCGAGUAGACCAUCGGGCCAUCAUCGGUAGCAGGACACCUAGUCGGACUGUAGAAAUAUCACAAGAGCUGCAGUUGCGACCCUGUCUCAGACUGACCAACAUUGAGGGCCUGACUCGCUUUCAUACAGCCAGACUCCAGAUACACACUUCCUGGGACUCAUCAUCUGAGGCUCCCUCUGUUGGUUUUUUACAGCAACAGUCCCUUCCAGCGCUUUCAGGAAUACCUUUGCAGCCUUCUCAGAAUGGUGGUGGGGCGCCCACCAAAGCUGUGGCCUUGUUCAGCCAGAAGAGCCUGUCCUGCCCAAUCCGAUUGGAUGGCGCCCUUAUUGGAGAUUCUGCACCGGUCUUCUACACAAAUGGACGGGCAUUCCCAGAGACUCACACAGCGAUGACCAGCAAUGGCUGGAGGAGCAAUGGCCUCCAUCGAAAUGGUCGUGGCCCCAAGGAACCAAACCAUCCGACCCGUCAGAGAAACGGUUGGAAGAACAAAAACAGUUUGAGAUGGAAAGUGAUAAAGGUGGAUGAAUCUCGCUCUGUGGCUGAUGCCCGCCGAAAAGCACAGAAGCUCUUACAGGUCAACCUAUCUCCUGUGAUUCAAAUCCAACCACUCAACCAUUUGCUAAGAGACUUCAGAUACCAGAUUAAAUGAUAAUUUACCCCAAAUCAACACACAUUGUUUCCUUUAGCAGAUGUUGGUGUUUUACAUCAUUAGCCUGUACCUGGCUGAGCCUCAGUGUUCAUAGUAGACAUCUUACAUGCGCUUUCAUUAUCUCUGCUGAGUUUUUGGAGGUAGAGAAGUCGGUCUGUCUGAAGUCCUGGUUCCUGACAGGGACACUUUACAAAGCAUUUGAAGUUGGGUAAUGAUUUGGGAUUUGAUAACUGGGAACUUACUGUUGGUCGAAUGCAUAUUUACGGUCUACUUUAGUUUACACUAACCUCCUUCAACCAACCAUCAUUCUGCUUUGAGUUGACCACCUGCGCUCCAAUGUUGUCAAUUAUUUUUGGGAUGCAGCAUCCACUGUGACUCUUAAGUCAAAAGUUAAUUUUCUGCCCUUUAAAAGGGUAUUGGGUGCUAAAAGUUGUUUUGAAGAGUAUUUAUAACUAAUUUCAUGUAAAGUGCCGUUUGUUAGAAAGCCUUUUUUACUUGUAGCGCUCCAAACAGUGCUGUCAAUAUUCUAUUGACUGCCAGGAUCGAGAAAUGUCUUCAGAUGAGCAGACGUGGUGUUUGGUUGGUUGGUUGGUCACAGCAAAUAAAUUAAAGGAGGGGAAAAUAAAGAGAAGUGUUUAGUUUGUCUUCCUUUUUUGUAUUGUUGGUGUUUCCACUGGAAAUCAGAAGGCUCUGACAGCGAGUACAGCAGGGAAUCAAACCUGUGGCCCAUACAGAGAUACCUGAAUGAUUUGUUUGAACUUCACUCCUUCACAAAGUGUUCCUUUUUGGUUAAGUAUUUUAAACUGUUGGGUGAUUUGAUGUCUUACAGUAACAACACAUGACUAUGGAAUAUGGAAAAGGACUUUGGCCUCGUUAAACAUUUGAAUGACCAAAUGUAUCUUCAAAUCUUAAUCAAAAUAUUGAAUGUUUAAGAAUUCUUUAAUUGCAUAAUUGUUCUCCUUAUUCGGCUGGAUCUCUGAAUUAUUUUUUUAAAACAAGUACAAAUUAUUCAUUUACAAAUAUUUUUCUCUCAAAAUUCCAUGGUAUGACCAAGCCCCCUUCCAUAUUUCUUAUUGCAUUAUCUGAAUACAUUUCUGUACUUCUAAGGCAACUCAAUUUGGAGCCUAGAUGUAAGACAUUUGUUUGGCCAAAUAAAAAAUCUGUGUGGUGAUAUUCGUUAACUUGAGCUACACUUUUGUUUCCUGAGCAUUUAAAUUUGAAACUGCAAGUUUAAUCUCCCAUCAUAACUCAUCCCUGUGUGAGUCGGUGGCGAGAACACCCACACUGGUUUUCUCUACAGGUGCUAACUUCGCAACAUUGGUGCUGAGUUAAAUGACAGGCACAAGAAUGUCAUCAUGUUUCUGUUUUUGUAGUUAAAAUUGGAGCAAUUGGGAGCACUGACUUCCUGUGAGGUAUUCAUUAAGGGGCUGAUGGCGCUGCUGCCUUCUGCAGGUUGGGAUAAGCAUGCCAAACCAUUAACUUUUAUGUCAACAUUUGUGAAAAACUCCUGUGAAGUCCCCUAAAAAUAUGUCUUAGCAAUGUUGUAAUUCUUAGUCCACUUACUAGCUUUGUCUCUGACAUUUUGCUGAUAUCAAGACCAUUUAAUGUGAAUGAAAGCCCUGGAAAAAGCCAGUAAGGACACAUGGAUUUAGGAUUUGUAAUGUCAGUUUUUGUUUCUUUCCAAAAAAAGAAGAUCAAUUAUAAAAAAUAUAUUAUUUGCUUAAACCACCAAAUCUUCAAGUACAUGUACCAGGUCAGUUAAUUUGGACUGUUGCAAAAAAAUAAAUAAUCAGAUUUGAAUAGGAAAUCUUAGCUUGCUGGUGUGAAGUUCAUGCAUUAUUCACAAAUUGGCAAUCUGCUCUUCUGUUUAGCUGUUCUGGUAAAUAUUACGUUCUGGAAGAGUCACUCGUUUCACCCCACCGAUCUGUCUGUACGAGUCAUGUUCAUUCCCACUGACAAUUCCCUUCUUUCUGUUAGUCUUGUUUGUGCAACACUUAAUAUUGUAUUUCCUACAUGCUCUUUGAAAACUGUUUUUAUUCAAUAAAAUCGAUCUGAAAAGAAA